AAAAAGAAUCGACUUAUAUAUUCUUCAAUGAUUUACUCAGUUUACUUGAGUCACCAUCUUCAAACCCUGAGAUCUCUCUCGUAAAAUAAUGGCUGUUGCUGCUUUAACUGUUGGCGUUUUUGGGGCUCUUAUACUAUUUCACGCCGCUUAUUCAACCAUCCAAUAUAAGAGCUUGUUGAAGAUUACUGAAGAUGAGUUUACAGCACCCCCUUUUAAUGUUGUGAUUGAGCUGUUUAUUGGUCUGUUGCUUUGUUUUUGGGCUGCUCUUACUGUUCCUGGCAAGUUUUUGUCCAUACACCCUCACUCUGAUGAGAACAGGAUUGUUUCUUUACCUGCCAACCUAGAUUUCAUGAUCUUCAACCACCGAGGCAAAGUUUUUCCCCUGGAAACGGAUUUGAAGCUGAAACACUGAGGACUUCUAAGAACUAUCAAGUGUCCUUAUCCCUCAAAUGUGCAAGACAAAUACUCUCUUAAUAUGAAAGAAUUUGUAUGUGUUUGAUAUAACUGUUGGUUAAUGUAAGAAAUUCUGCUGUAACUUAUCUUAUUAGUCAGUACUGGCCACUUGCCCCAGUAAUUUUUACAGGAUGUUAGUACUUGUAUUAUUUAUGAUGAGCAGCUUUCACUAUUGCCAUACUUUCAUAAGUGAAUUGUAAAAUACUCUUUGAAUUCAAUUUUACACGAGUAUAUAA